AUGAGUCUCCGCUAUGGCCUUGGUGGCGCGACAACGGCGCUGGCGGUGAUUGGAGCUUAUAUGCUCUUCACCGGCGAUGGCGAAGCUUUCAAUGUUGGACAAUUCCUUGAGGAUGUAUCACCAUACGCGUGGGCAGAUUUGGGUAUCGGCUUGUGCAUAGGAUUAUCAGUCGUUGGAGCAGCAUGGGGUAUCUUUAUAACAGGAUCCUCAAUCCUCGGUGGAGGAGUCAAAGCUCCACGCAUCCGAACGAAGAACCUAAUCUCCAUCAUCUUUUGCGAAGUAGUUGCCAUCUACGGUGUCAUCAUGUCGAUUGUAUUCUCUGCGAAAGUUGGUGUCAUGAGUGAUGACCCGGCAUACACUGCGAGCAAUUAUUACACCGGGUACGCGUUGUUCUGGGCAGGCUUAACCGUGGGGCUGUGUAAUUUGGUCUGUGGUGUAUCCGUGGGUAUCAAUGGAAGUGGUGCUGCUUUGGCCGAUGCUGCAGAUGCAAGUUUGUUUGUCAAGAUUCUGGUCAUUGAAAUUUUCAGUUCAGUCCUUGGACUCUUCGGGCUUAUCAUUGGCUUAUUGGUAGCUGGGAAGGCUAAUGACUUCCAGUAA